AUGUGGAUCUUGAGGGUUUUCUCGUCCGUCGUCUUUUUAACGUCAAUCAUCCUUAGCAUACCACUGGCAUUCGACGUCGGCGGGCGGGCUUGCGGCCUUGCAUUCUCCCUCUCAAUCGCCUCCUUUUACUUCUCAUACUCCAUCCUACGAUUAGCGACUCCAGAGAAGUCACGACAUCGCUAUAUCUUGGUCCAACUCGUCGCUUGGACACAAUGGGCGGUGUUGCCCACUCUCUUGAUAUGGUCAUUGAACCGAUUCUCAGUCGAGCCCGUCGAUAACAGUAGUUGGGUCGAGAGGACGUUCAGCGGGAAAAGAGCACAAGAUACGUCAGUAUGGGAAUGGAUUUUCGGGCCCGAUGGCCUGGCAGAGACAGCGACUGUGGGAAGCUGGGAUAAGAUGCUCAGAUGGUCAACCCCGGUGUUCCAGCUAUGCGAGGGAUUCUGCAGCCUUUUGGUCAUUCAAGCGGCAGGCCAGAUUACCAGGUGGCUUGUCAAUAGGGGAGGGAGGAGCGACAGCUGGAUGAUCGGCUUGCUUGUCAUGUCUGCAUCGGUGAUCUCGAGCUCAGUAUACUUCCUCUGGAGGGUCACUCGUUUUCCGGAGAUCGGUAACGUCGAUGCCACUCUUAUCGGCAUAACAGUCACCUGCGCAGUUUUCCUCUGUACUUGGGGUAUCGGCAGCGGGAAAGGAAAUCCUGUCGAAAGUUCGCUACUAUUCGCAUAUAUCGUUCUGUGUCUCUACCAGAUCUUCACCGACUACCAACCCACUCAUCCUGUCGAGCCACUACCCCCUCCAGCUCAAGCAGCGGAUUUUCCUCCAUUCCCGCCAAUAAUCAUGGCUUCGUACACCACGCUAUUACAGGCUCUAUCAGUUUUGCCUUCUGCAAUACCUGCAGCCUUCAAUUUCAUCAUUGCAGCCCUGAGUACCAUCACUCCGUCCGUGAUCAUCUCACUUGCUUAUCGCCUUUUCGUUCUCUACGCCUCCACUCGUAUAAUACCGGCUGUCCGUGAAUCUGGAGCGCGCGCACUGUCCCAAGAAGCGUCCCUUGAGGACUCAGAUGGCGCAGGCCAGAUCCUCGGAUUGCUAAGCUGGUUUAGUCCCAGCAUCCUGAUUGCUGUCUACACUAGCCUGCUAAUGCAACACUUUGCAUCGACAAGCGGAGAUGGCGGCGACGGUGACUGGUGGACCAGCCAAGGAGGUGAUGCUGGAGGCAGCUUUUGGAGAUGGGUCAAUGUCGCAGCGACUAUGGGGAUGUAUGCCCUGGAAUUGUACCUUGGGAAAGAGGAUCUUGACGGAGGAUUGACCACGCACUGGAAAUCCGACUGA